AUGGAGGGAUAUCCGUCGUACCCGCCCCAAGGUGGGUACCCAAGCAACCAGCGUAACAAUAGUUACCCAUAUCCAGGGAACUAUCAGACCCCUGUCCCCUCCGGGCCUGCUUCUGCACAAAACCCGCAAUCCCAACAGUCCCUUACAGGUGAAUUGUAUGGUUCGCAGCCGUCGUCGCAGUUGUUUGCUCAUCAAGCAUACCAACCUCCGACUCGACAGCUCAGAUCUUACACUAACAACGCCUAUAACCAAACCCAGAUGGCUAUGCCUGCUGGUCCGGCAAUGGGGUCCCAGUUCGGACAGUCGCAGAUUGAGUACGUUGCUGCUCCGUAUCAGCAGUCGUACCAACCACCUCAUCCGCAGACAGUUGUCCCUGCCACGGUUACUGCUGCCGCUCAUCAGGUUAUCACGAGCGAUGUUGAUGCUCCCAGCGAAAGAGUGGCAAGGAAACCUAUUCAACACGUCAACAUAAAGACGAAGUUUCCAGUUGCUCGCAUCAAGAGGAUCAUGCAGGCUGACGAAGAUGUCGGCAAGGUAGCUCAAGUGACCCCUGUCAUAGUCGCCAAGGCACUCGAGUUGUUCAUGGUAUCACUUGUUACGCAGGCUGCCGAGCAAGCUAAGGCCAGGGGGAGCAAGCGGAUUACCGCUGCUCACCUCAAACUUGCAGUCAACCAAGAAGAACAGUUCGACUUCUUGUCUGACAUCAUUUCGAAGGCCCCAGAUAUCCCCACUGCUGGUGAGGGUAAUGGGAAGGCCGCCGCUAGCGGUGGCAAUUCAGAUGGCGGAAACGUCAAUAUUAUCGAGGAAGAUGGGGCUCCUCCUAAGAAGAGGAGGGGCAGGAAGAAGAAGGUGUCUUCGGAUGACGAGAACUAG